UCAUUACACAUUUCGGCUGUGAUGAUUCAGAUACUCGCUUAUGAGCACACAACUAUAAAUUAUUUAAAUAAACUGUCAUGAAACGCACAUACUUCCUUUAUUGGCUUCUCAAGAAAUUAAGGUGAGCAAAACUCACCUCAUUUCCAGAUCAAAUGAUCAUUCUUACAUAAUCAUUUUAUACUGAACUCCUCCACAGGUAGAUGUAAUUCAUUUUAGUCAUAAAACCAUCCAUAUUUUAUAUCUAACAGCUAUUAAAAUCAUGCAGAGGAAGGAUGCUCACACAAAUGUGAAGUCUUUUGAACAGUAUGCAACAGGUUACUAAAUAUAAGAAAAUUGAUGAAUAACUCCACAUACAGUCUUUUAGUAAGCGUUCAGUAAAUGCAAACGUGGCAUGAGAGUUCACGCAUGAUAUGCAGUGUGUGAGUAUAUUUACUGCCUCCCUUUUUGGCAUCAUGCCAUUUUGACUACUCUCUGAAUCAUUACUGGGAAAGACCAUAUCUCAACACGUAGGUUUUCUUGGCUGCCACCUCAUACAAUCACGACAGUAAUAAUUGAGGUCCAAAGUUCAGACUAUGCAUACGAUGAGCUAAAAGAGGGGCUGAGAGAGCACCAACGUUCAGUUUCACCAGAUACCCUCAGCAUUCACUUCACCAUGAGUAAGUAGCUUUAACUCAUACGCUAAUUUAUGAUUGUUAUUGUAUUUGUUGUUGUUGUUGUUGUUAUUUUAAAUACAUCCCCAAAAUUAUCUCUCAUUUAGGUAAACAGGCAAAGACUAUGAAGAGCAUCAUGAAGGAAAAAAAAUUGCCCCAGAAGCAGAGUAACUCUGUUGGGGUUGUACGCUGGGCGCUGUCAGAAGAAGAUAUUCAGGUCCACAGUUCUGCCCCCAUCAGCUACAUGAAUAGCAGUGGUGUCUUUUCUACUCGUUCACAGCAAAGACAACGUCAACAUGGCCUAAAUGACCUCCGGAGCUUAGAUGAGUGCAUCCGAUUCAUAAACCACUGGAAGCAACAGGUGGCACAAGUUUGCAUGAAUGAGGAUGAUCCCGGGGAAGGGUGCAGCAGUCAGGCAGAACGUCCAGAUCCCAGAACUGAGCGCAGCCUUGAAGAGAGUCGCAAGCUUAUUCUGCAGUGGGCCAGUGAACUUCAAAGUGUAGACAAGCUGUCUAAAAAGCAUCCAUGGAUGAAGGAGAGGAUUAAUCAAGAGAUGGAAGAGGAUAAAGAUGAGAGUGAGGUGCUACAGAAGAGGGUCACAAAGUGGGCCAAAGAGAUACAGAUUGUAUCAGAGAGCUCUGGAGUGUUGGGAGAUGACCUGGCACGGCUGUUGCGUCUCCUGGGACUGAAGAAGAAGAGGCUGGUUUCCCUCAUGCCACUACUAGAGUUCAUCACUUGGAGUUUGCUGAAAGAAGACAGCAAGGGCAUGGUUCCUCAUCUAUGGCUUUCAGCUAAGCAACGCAUCUGGAAAGCUGGCAUGGCACGAUACAUCCCUAAUUCAGUGUGGAAUUGGAUUCUCAGUGCAGGAGCUGAUGUAACUCUUGAUCCCAUGACCAACCAACCUUGGCUGCUGCUCUCUGCUGACCACAAGAAGGUUCAGGAGGGCCAAACAGAGUCCAAUGUGCCUUGCAACCCUCAGCGAUUUGAUAUCUUGCCCUGCGUCCUGGGCUGGGAGGGCUACAUGAGUGGCCGUCAUUACUGGGAAGUGGAAUUUGCAAACAAUGGCUACUGGAAAGUUGGAGUGACAACUGCAUCCUCAAAAAGGCAUGGCCGCUUUCCAAUGAAUCCCUCUACUGGUUAUUGGGUCCUGUGGCGCAGCACACGACAGUUUUUCGCAUGCACCAAUCCCGAAACAGCACUGCCAAUGCUGCUGGUGCCCCAAAGGAUGGGAAUAUACAUCGAUUACGAGGAGGGACAGAUUUCGUUCUACAACGCAGAGAACAAAUCACACAUCUACACCUUCACAGGACACUUCCGUGAGAAACUGUACCCUUUCUUUGCCCUGCUGGAUGGCAGGGGAGUUAUAACCGUAUGGUCUCCUCAAGAGCAUAGUCGCUUUUAAAUACAGAACAGGUUUAAGAGAUCAUCUUUCUGUUUGAACAUUUAUACCUCAACAAUGAUUCACUGAAACCAAAGUAACCAUUUCAUUCAGACAAAUUAACACCUUUGUGGGCUGGGCCCACUUAAUGAGAGCUAUUAAAACUACAAAAUGAUUCCUUUUAGCCUCUUUAUAUCUUUUUAUUAAUUUAUAUAAUUUAUCUAUUCAUAUUUUAUGUGGCUCAAUAAUUAUAAAAAUGUAUCUAAGCUUGUCUACUUACAUGUAUGCAAGUAAGAGUAUGUGUUUUGACACAAAUUAUUUCUCUGAGCGUUGUCUGUUCAUCCUGUAACCAUUAAUAAGAUAACUACAAGAUAUUUAUUAUAUCAGUGUUUAUGUGUAGGUACUGUCUUUGCAAAUGUUAAUCUAUUUUUAUAUAAGCUCUGAAUGAUUAUACAAGCGUAUUAAUAAAACAAAAUAAGGUCACCAUAUGUCUAUUUAUUGCACUGCACUACUGUACGGAGAACACAACUAUAAUUUAAGUAUAAUUUAAUAUG